AUGGAGGAAAACGAUGAGAUUAUGGAUGACUUCCAGGAAGAAGACGUUGAACACGUAGGCGUUGGAAAGGUACAGCGUUAUUAGUUGUUAUCCAAAUUGAAUAUUUUCUAGUAUACGAAAUAGGAAUGCUUUCCUUUCUGACAUAGGUUCUAAAUUUCUUAAAAUCAAGAAAUGUAAGAGCAAGUGUGAUCAGUCGAUUUCGUACAGAAAAGGUAUGUACUGUACUGUAAACGGCUGUAAUUAAACACUGUAAUUAUUGAUUAGAAUAAUCCUGACCAAACCUUAUUCAUUAUUAUAUUAACCCCGAAGUUAUUAUUUUUAUUUACAAAUAUUUCACUACGCUAACCCGCCAAACUCUGAUUUUCAAAUAUAUUAUUUAUUUAUUUAUUUACAAAUAUUUUAAAAUGGUAAGUAAGUCUGAUUUUCAAGGGGCCGUUUCUAUUUACAAAAAUAUUCAUUCUAAAAAAUUACUAAAAAAUAUAUACACAAACAACACAAUCAUGCAAGUUUUAUAAGUCGAUAAUAUGCACAAGCCCACACUAUAUAUAUUUACUAUAUAUCUAUACACGCUAUAUACACUAUAUAUCUAUACCUGUAUAUAUUGCAUAAUUAUGAGGAUAAAAUACUGCUGAUGGAACUCAGCAUCUCCUGGCUAUAGCUAUGUCUCGCUGUAUACUGAAAUAUGAAACAUAUAUACUGCUUUCCAGAGGGUCCAGUAAAUAUUAAAGUGCUUUAUUAUCAUAUGAAACGUUUUAUUAUACCGUAUAUAAAUUCAGUUUUGGCUGCAAUGCGAUCUAUUAAAUCAAUUAUUGUUAUUAUUAUUAUUUAUUUUUGAAAUUUACUGAAAACUCAACUUUAUAAAAUACAACAUGAAGCUAUUUGUAAAGGAGUUCGAAGUCGCAUUCACAUGGCACUUCACGUGGCUUUUUAAUUUUUUUUAUUAUUGAUGGUCAACAAAAGUACGGUCGGUGUUACUAAUACUAAAAUGACCGUACUAUAAAUACUAUUUUCUUAGGAACUUCAGCUAGCUCGGCUUUAGCUCAAGAGGUUAGGCAUAAGACAAUUUGCUCUACUCCCAGGGUUCAAGUCCGCUUCCGGAUGUUUUUGUAUUUUUCAGUAGCAAUUUUACUUAAAUUUUUUUUCCUGACUAGUUUUAACUUUUUUACUUGUACACGUUUAAAGGAUUGGGUAAGGGUUGGGAGUAGGGUCAGUUUAUUUUUUAAAAAUUUAAUUUAGCUCAGAGAUUUAGCUAUAAAUUACAGACUUGGCUGUCGGUCAAAUUAUGACGUCAUGAACAUGGUCAUGGUACGUUAGUUCGACAUGAUCUAUCACCGACCCAAAAGUACUGUUGCUCACUUGUAUUUAUUGCUAAGUGAACAGUAAAAUUUCGUUACUCUCACGUGAUGCAUUUUCCACCAAUGAGAUGCUAGAAAAAGUGAACUUUGACAAUUGUAUCGUGCCACCUUAACCUGAGAGAUUUUUGUAUUUGAUUGUCAUAUAAAGCUUAAAGGUGAUCUACAGUCCGAUCUGCGCAUGUGCACAAAGGAGCCCACUUUUUAUGAUACAAACAGUUUAACUAUGUUUUGGGUUCUUGAAAAGCCUGAUUAUUGUUUCUUGAUCAUUUAUUAUACUGUAGAAGCUUGGAAAUAUAAAUAGUUGUUGAAUAAAGCUCAAUAUUUUGGACACAAAAAUGUAAACAAAGGCUUUGUUUACAUACAGACUGUAGAGCACCUUUAAGUAAUUGUGACCUACUCUCACAGACACAGUUGUAAACCAGACUUUACAUCUCACAGAUGGAUAUCUUUAUAAUAUGUACAAUUUUUGUACUAAUGUUAAAAUAUUAUUCUAGAUGGACCCAGAUGCAAUAUGCGGUGCUGACGAUAAACUAUUGGAAGAUCUUGGCUUGUGCGCUAAAGGAGAUAUCUGUGCUUUGCGCUCAUAUUGCCAAGGAUGGAACUCUUCAAGCACGCCCUCAGGAUCAUUUACGCAGACUCCUGAAAGCUGUAGACAAGAACGAAAGCGAAAGCUGAUGGCUAUUUUGCAGUCUGGCAAGAAAACUAGGCUGAAGCAAAACGUUGCAGAGACUAGUACUAAAAGUAAAAAACCCAACAAUGUUGUUACGGGAUCUUCUGUACAAAUGAAGGAGAAAACAAGACGAAUCCAGCUUGGAUGGCUACAUUAUAAUAAGAAGGAAGAUCGUUACAUUCAUGUACGGGCAACUAAUGGGGGAGGAACUAGAAAUAUGGAGUUUCCUGCUGCAUACACUAAAGACAAUGUCCUGCAAGCAGCCAUUGGUAUCUUUUUCGAAAACGGACAGUCUAAGUUUGGUUUUGCAAAUGAGAUGGAAUUUGACCUUGCAAACUUUAAAAUGGAGAAAGUGGAUGUCUUAAGAGAUAACGAUGGAAUCGAAAAUCCUUUUACCAUACAAGGGUAUUUUCAGUGUUACAAGCUCUCAAAAGCGCGCAUAUAUCUGAUGUCAAAAGACAAGACUAUCACUGAAGUGACCAACAGUGAGACAGAG